AUGGGUACCGACGUUACACCAGUGAAACCUCACACUGGUUCGAUACAGAAUUAUAGUGCCGCAGGGAGGGCCAGUUCAGGAGACUCCCGCGCGGCUUAUCAGCAGGAUCUCCUCGGUAACAUCGAAUACCGAUCACAAAAGCCUAUCAAUGCUUAUGCAACGUGGUCGAUCACUAGUAUCGACACUGUGGUCAAAACAAUCGAAGAGUCUAUCAGGGCUGGGAAUGACUUGAAUGAGUUUCAGCAAAAUGUAUGGGACAAAGUUGAAGAAAAAUAUCUAUACCCGCAACUUCAAAGUAUAUUUCGUACAAUCGAAGGUGCAGUAGCGACAAAAACAGGGUAUGAUCGCUCGCAGUAUCGGCAGUUGGUCGCGAUGGGCGAUCAUGUUCCCGAUGCCGAAAAAAUGGCAUUUCCUAUUAAUAAACCCGACUUCGCCCUCGUGGAAGUACCCCCAACGUCGGAGCCCCUGACUCCCAGCAUUGAUCCGGGGAGCAAUCGGGUCAAGUGGAGAGAGAUUUGUGGGUUUGUUGAAGUCAAAAACACAUUCAACAAAGGUCCCAAUGCGCCAUCAGCAACGACAGUGAGACAAAUAGUGUCACAGGGAGCCAAUUAUGCGAGGCUGAUUUUGGCAUCCCGACCAUUCCACCUGUAUGUUCUGUGUAUCUUCAUUUACGGCCCAAACUUCUGCCUUGGUUGGUACGACCGCAGAGGGGUCAUCCUUUCCGACGAUUACCACAUUGACACCGAUCUUGGCAUCCUUAUAAACGUAGUCCUUCAGCUCACUACACAUAUGACUUCAUGUCAGCUUGGACACGACAAGACGGCGACCUUGUUAAACGGACAUACAUACUACCAGAAACACUAUCCCUCCUUCUUGGUGAGCAUGAGUACAGCGACCGAUACACGUCGGUGGAAGACCAUGGGCGCCCCUAUAUGGUCUUCAAUGUCUUUACUAGGCCGCGGCACGGCUACAUGGCGAGCCGAAUCGCUGCAAGACGGUGAGACUGUUGUAUUAAAAACACUAUGGAGAUCGCAGACCCGACAAAGUGAAUCCGACGUCUACAGGCUUAUCACUUCUGAUCUGCCGGGGGUUGCCACACUGAGCCUUGGGGAUGACGUUCGCCAUUCUAUCGGACGGGACGCAAAUGCUGUCGUAACAGUUGGCUGGCUCCGUUCCACCAUUCUUCGAGAUGACGCCCACGUUCGUGACGAUCCAGUUCUCCAUCGUCUCACGCUCAAAACCAUCGGAAGACCUUUGUGGGAUGCUGAAAUGAGUGAAACCUUCAUUACAGGCUCUUUGGCUGCACUCAAAGGACACGAAGCACUUUGGAUAGAUAAGGGCAUCCUUCACAGAGACAUGAGCCCAGGAAAUAUCUUUAUUGGUCAGCUGGGCUGUGCUGAGGGUUGGGAAGGGUUCGUUGCAGACCUCGAACUGGCCUGGAUAGCACAAGCUAAGACUGAAAAAAUUGACUUGUUGGAACAUGUUACUCCCUCCGUCGGACAGAAAAACACUAGAGGCAUCUUUCACAAGGAAACCGUUUCAAAUUCCAGAACUCCUGGAGCAGAAAUCACCGGCACCACAUUGUUCAUGGCUGGUGAACUUUUGGACAAGAUGCUCCCGGUCGACAAGAAGGACAAGGGGAAAGUGUGUCCAGCACACCUUGAACGUGGUGUACACCACGACCUAGAGUCUUUUAUCCUUGUUCUAUUCUAUGCGGUCAUGAAACGUACCUUGGGGAAACGGUUCUCCGAAGAGGAUGCAUUCAAUAGAAGUGGCAUUGAACGACUCUACCGCUCACUAUUUCAUGGCUGCUGGAUGCUUUUGAAAUCACAAAGGGCUGACAGUGUCUCAGGUGAUGCAUAUACAGACGAGAUUGAACAGGAGCUGCAGUUGACAAGUGAGAAACCACGGCUCAUCACCUAUGAUCAGUUAUAUACUACCUAUGGUGUGGCACUAAAUACCCUUUCAGAACUCCCAGAAUAG